AUGGCAUCUCCCGGCUCCGGCUUUUGGUCCUUCGGAUCUGAAGAUGGCUCGGGGGAUCCCGAGAACCCCGGCACAGCCAGGGCCUGGUGUCAGGUGGCCCAGAAGUUCACCGGCGGCAUCGGAAACAAACUGUGUGCCCUGCUCUAUGGAGACGCCGAGAAGCCGGCGGAGAGCGGCGGGAGCCAGCCCCCGCGGGGCACCUCCCGCAAGGCCGCCUGCGCCUGCAACCAGAAGCCCUGCAGCUGCCCCAAAGCGGAGGUCAACUAUGCAUUUCUACACGCAACAGAUCUGCUACCAGCGUGUGAUGGAGAAAGGCCCACUUUGGCAUUUCUGCAAGAGGUUAUGGACAUUUUGCUUCAGUAUGUGGUGAAGAGUUUUGAUAGAUCAACCAAAGUGAUUGAUUUUCAUUACCCUAAUGAGCUUCUUCAAGAAUAUAAUUGGGAACUGGCAGACCAACCACAAAAUUUGGAGGAAAUUUUGAUGCAUUGCCAAACAACUCUAAAAUAUGCAAUUAAAACAGGGCAUCCAAGGUAUUUCAAUCAACUUUCUACUGGACUGGAUAUGGUUGGAUUAGCAGCAGACUGGCUGACAUCAACAGCAAACACUAACAUGUUCACCUAUGAAAUUGCUCCAGUAUUCGUGCUCUUGGAAUAUGUCACGCUAAAGAAAAUGAGAGAAAUCAUUGGCUGGCCCGGGGGCUCUGGCGAUGGGAUAUUUUCUCCUGGUGGCGCUAUAUCCAACAUGUACGCCAUGCUGAUUGCGCGCUUUAAGAUGUUCCCGGAAGUCAAGGAGAAAGGGAUGGCUGCCGUCCCCAGGCUCAUUGCCUUCACGUCUGAGCAUAGCCAUUUUUCUCUCAAGAAGGGAGCUGCAGCCUUGGGCAUUGGAACAGACAGUGUGAUUCUGAUUAAAUGUGAUGAAAGAGGGAAAAUGAUCCCGUCUGACCUUGAAAGAAGGAUCCUUGAAGCCAAACAAAAAGGGUUUGUCCCUUUCCUUGUGAGCGCCACGGCUGGGACCACUGUGUAUGGAGCAUUUGACCCCCUGUUAGCGGUUGCUGACAUCUGCAAAAAGUACAAGAUCUGGAUGCAUGUGGAUGCAGCUUGGGGUGGGGGAUUACUGAUGUCUCGGAAACACAAGUGGAAACUGAGCGGCGUGGAGAGGGCCAACUCUGUGACCUGGAAUCCACAUAAGAUGAUGGGCGUUCCUUUGCAGUGCUCUGCUCUCCUGGUUAGAGAAGAGGGAUUGAUGCAGAGUUGCAACCAGAUGCAUGCCUCCUACCUCUUCCAACAAGAUAAACACUAUGACCUGUCCUACGACACUGGAGACAAGGCCUUACAGUGCGGACGCCACGUUGAUGUUUUUAAACUCUGGCUAAUGUGGAGGGCAAAGGGGACCACCGGGUUUGAAGCACAUAUUGAUAAGUGUUUGGAGCUGGCGGAGUAUUUAUACAAUAUCAUCAAAAACCGAGAAGGUUAUGAAAUGGUGUUUGAUGGAAAGCCUCAGCACACCAACGUCUGCUUCUGGUACGUACCUCCGAGCUUGCGUGUCCUGGACAACAAUGAAGAGAGACUGAGCCGCCUGUCCAAGGUGGCUCCAGUGAUUAAAGCCAGGAUGAUGGAGUAUGGGACCACAAUGGUGAGCUACCAGCCCUUGGGCGACAAGGUCAACUUCUUCCGCAUGGUCAUCUCAAACCCCGCAGCAACUCACCAAGACAUUGACUUCCUGAUUGAAGAAAUAGAACGCCUUGGACAAGAUUUAUAA